CCAGGUGAUACUUUCUAACGCUUUCAGAGCUCUUCUGAACUCUUCCUCGCUCUUGUAAGCUUUUUAAAACAUUUUAAAGUCUUCUAAAUUCUUCUGAACUCUUUAUAACUCUUCUAAAGUUUUCUAAACCUUCUGAAUUUUUUUAACAUCUUUUAAACACUUCAGAACUCUUCUAAAUUCUGCAGGUCUCUUCUGAAGUUUUCUACUGUUUUCUGAACUCUUCUAAAUUCUUCUGCACUCUUCUCUACUCUUUCUAACUCUUCCAAAGUCUUCUGAAGUCUUCUAAACUCUUGAUAACUCCUAUAAUGUCUUCUAAACUCAUAUGAACUUUGUAAAAGUUUGCUAAACUCUUCUAAGCUACUCAAAAUUCUUCUAAACUUUUCUGAAUUCUACACUCUUCAGUACUCUUCUAAAGUCUUCUGAACCUUUUUCAAGUCUUCUAAACUUUUCAGAAUUCUUCUAAAUUCUUGAUAAAUUUUCUUCUAAAGCUUAAUCUCUUCUAAAGUCUUCUGAUAUUUUCUAGAUUAGUUUAAACUCUAAGUGGGCGAACCACAGCCAUGCUUCAGGUUUCUCAAAGUGCUGAGUUCACCUGUUUUGGUCCAAUGGAGUUGGAGAGAGUGAGCACUGCAGAUGCAGAAGCCCCUUCGCUGGCCAGCUGUGGAAGGCUUCGCUCCUGUUCACUUUACGCUCCCGAGGGUUCAGGAGUGAUCAACACAGACAGAAACUUUAGAAGACCACGGUCCAGAUCCUUCUACACGUUAGAGCCUGAAGACAGCAGUAAGGACAAGGCCAGCAGGUCCAGUGCCGAUAGGCAGGGCUUGUUUCAAAUGGACACUGGGAAGAAAGAUGGUGGUGAAAUCGUCCACACCAAACUGCCACCGAAAAAAUCAACAGCAACCAAACAUAAGCAUCUCAAAAAAGACCAUGCAGGGAGCAAAGGCAGCUUGAAAAGUAUUCCAAUGCUGACCAUCUCGGAGCCGGACAGCUGGGAGAUCAGCUCUUCCUCUGGGAUGAAGUAUGGCCAGUAUGUGGACUGGGAGAAGAUUGACCCCGAGUCCGCCAUCCGUUACCAGAAAAUCAUCUCCAGUGACCAUGCCAAGCUGAAAGAGAUGGGUCGCUCUGGAUUCUGGACCAUGCCGCAUACACUUCGGGCCAAAGCAUACCGCCACAUCAUCAACUGCAUCGAACAUCGGGCCAGCACGGUGGACACGGAUACCUACCGGGAUCUUUCUGGACAGCUGUUUGAAGAACAGAGGACGAGCACGCAUCCUUUCCCAAAGUUCAUGGAAGACGGGGAGAUUCCACGCUACUGUCUGAACAAAGCAGGCCUGAACUCGGUGAAGAAGAUCCUGCUGUGCGUCAGCCAGAACUUCCCUGAGAUUACAUUUUGCCCAAUCUUGCCGGCUCUGGUGUCCCUCUUGCUUCACUACAGCGAAGAUGAGGCCCAGUGCUUCCAUAGCAUCUGCUCUCUGGUGUCCUACAUGGACCCGGAAAAGCGCUACAUCGACCAGACCUUCAUCACCACCCAUGCUUCCUGCAUGACGUUUGGGGACUUGGCCAACAAAUACUGCAGAGGCAUCCGCAAGCUAAUCGCCAGCUCCCACCAGAGCCUCUUUGAGUUCUACUCCGACUGGAUCAUGUGGAUCUUCGCCGAUCUGCCCUUCAGCUACGCCAUCAGAGUGCUGGACGUCUACUUGAUUGAGGGAUACAAAGUCCUGUACCGGGUUGCGCUGGCGCUCCUCUGCCUCUACAAGGUCUCUGUGAGCUCCCGGGUGGCCCAUGUGGACGACUUCAGGCAGGACAUGAAAAGGUUUGUGCAAAACGUAUCCCGGCACAGCAGCAUGGAGGCCCUUCUUCAGAGAGCCUUCAGCAUCCAGCUGCCCACUCGCAGAGAGCUCAACUACCUCUACAAUGCCAACAAGCAGGCACUGAUUCAAAGGGGGAUCCAGAACCAGAGCUCGUACCAGAGUGUGGAGCUGGGGGGAUUCUGCUCCAGCGUUGUGUCUGAGACAGAGAUGCGGGUGGUUUGGGCCUGGAUCCCAGAACGCUUUGCUCUCUUCAGCCCCGUACGGCUCUUCAGCACCACUGACCAUGGCAGGAGUCUGACCUCGUUUUAUUCCCGGGUGGAGGGCCAUGAGCCGACAGUGCUGCUGCUAAAAACAGUGGAUGAAGAGGUCUGUGGAGCUUUCUUAUCUUCAGACUGGACUCUGAGGAACCAUGAUGGAGAGAAGCUCCAGUUCUUCGGCACUGAGGAGUGCUUUGUUUUCACUCUGAGGCCGGGGAUGGAGCGCUAUCAGAGAACCGUGCUUCACAUCUCUGGGAUGACAGGAACCUCAUCUUCCUCCUCCUGCAGCUCCGCCCACCCUGCCGGGACCAAUCAGGAUCCAAAGUACCUGUCCGUACCAUUCUGCUCACCUGAGCCUCACCUGCCCAAAGCCAGGUUCAUGGCUGGAGGUGAUGAGAUGCUUUUUAUCGGUGAGCUGAUGGGGAGUCAUGCUCUCUCUCUGUUUGCUGACCUCUCUGUUGGUCAGUCUGAACGCUGUGAUACGUUUGAGAGUCCAGUGUUGUGUCGGGGCAAAUUCAGGAUCCAGAGUCUGGAAGUUUGGGGCAUCCAGCACACGCUGGCCCUACCUCACUCCCCGCCACAUGCCCCACCCCACACCCCCCACAUGCCCCACCCCACACCCCGCCACAGGCCUAGAGCCAAAACCCACAGAGGUGAACAAGGCCGAACGCACAGCUGACGUCACUUUAUAGCCCUUUAUUGUGACUUAUAAUUUAUUCUGAACACGGUUUAUGACGUCUGAAGGUGAAUGUGUAACUACAUAAACAGUCUGAUUAGUAUUUCCGUCACUUAUUACUGCACAGAGGAAUGAAAAUAGUUCACCUUUUUUGUUCCAGUUAUUUCUGUUCCAGGUGCUUCUGUUUCUUUAUCACAAAAAAUAGACUGAAAAAGCAUUUUCCUUCACUCAUUCAGCCCCUCAUUUCACAUGAAAUGCUUUAGUUUUCAUUUUUACCAGCCAAACUACAACCAGCAGUCAAAAAGGAUAUCAAAUAACACAACUAGCUUAAAAUAAAUGUUGCUGUUGUUUGUUUGUGUGCUUUCCGAAGGUGUCCAGUGUCAUUUUGAGUACGUUUUUUUAUACAC